GAUUUUGAGCUGUUGGUUUUGGAUACCAGCAAGGAAGAGAAAAUGUAGCGAAGGCUUUUUCGAAUCACUCAUGGCUGCUGAAAAAACAGAUUCAAAGACGAGAGGGUCGGAUGCAGUGAAGUUAGUGGUACGGAACUUUCAAUGUCUCGUGAAUGAGGCAGAAGACUCGACUGCUGACUGGAAACAUUUGCCUCAUUGUUUCGAUCACUGGAAUGAGCGGAUCGAAACCCAUUAUUGUCUUCAAAAUGUUGAUUGCAUGGGCCAAUCUCAGGGGCAGAAGAGUUUACAUGGGAUUCAAAACUACCCAAGAUGCGAUGGAAUUCCAUCGAGAGUUCGAUGGUAGCUUUGUGGGAAGACAAUCAGCUGAUGAUCGAAUUAGCUCCAUACCCUAAGCUGCCGAGAGCCCAGAGAUUGAAACAGGACACCAAACAGUCGACUAUAGAGCAAGACACUGAAUAUUUGGCGUUUGCGGAGACAUACGAAGCAGAUAAUCUGGCAAAAGUGAAAGAUGUUGGAGCCAAGUCUCACCAGGAAAAGUUGUUGUUGGAUUUAGAAAAUCGAGCGAAGGAGAAGAAAGAGGCGGAGGCUAUUCUGACACCGCUGAUUCAGUCAAUCGUGGAUAGCCGCAGUAAGAAGGAUGAGCAGCUUAAGUUGGGGGCAGAUGAGACUUCGACGAAUAAGAAGAGAAGAGAUGUGGAUGUGGUGAUAGCUGGGCGGAAGAAGCGAGACGAGGAGAGGAGGAGAGUCUUGGAGCAGAAAGAGAAAGCCCUCAAGGAGAGACAGCAGAGAGAAAAAGAGAAACAAGAAAAGCAGAAAAUGAAAAAAGAAGCCGACGAAAAACGAGCGACUCGUGAAAUCAACAAAAACAAGGAAAACUACCCCAGAAACAAAAAUAGCGGAGACAAUUUAACGGGAACAAAGCCGACGGAUGAGAAAGCCGAAACGACUGAUGAGAAGAAAUUAGAGUUGCAGGAUAUAGAGAGCAAUGGAGAUGCGCAGAAUGAUAGUGCGAAAGAUUCGGCAAGGAGCACAGAUUCGGCUAAAUCUUCAACUUUUUCGGCGAAUUCGGCUAAUAAACCGACAAGGCUUAAGGACUUGCCGUCUUUGCAGAUAUACCGACCAGGCGCGAAGGCCAAACAUAACGACCAGGAAUCACCUCCAGAGGAUCGCAGCUCUGCCAACUCGUUUCUAGACCGAGAUCACGACUCAUCUUCAGCUAACGAGCAAAGUGGAGUUGGAACACGAGGCGGAGGUGGGGGGUCGGACAGAUCGGGAGGAAGUGGGGGUGGGGGAGGGGGUAGACGAGAGCGGAAUGGUGGAAGGGCGAAGGGGUUUAGAGAGAUCAAACCGUCGAAUAGGGGAGGAGGCAACAGCAGCAGCGGCACCAGCUCGGCAAGCUCAAGUUACCCGUCUUCGCGCGGCGGAGAACGCAGAAAAGAACCACCCAAAAAAGAGCAGCAACCCCCAAAUGCAAUCAGAUACUAUACUUCGAAACUGGCCGAAGCGAAGAAAGAAAAAGACAAAGACGAUCCGACCUCAUCGAAAGCAACGAGGGACGAUUUCUUUGAAAAAGAAGGCAACGAAGCUGAAAACUCGAGAACCGAAAAUGUGAGGUCAGAAGUUUUCAAUGAUAACAGUGGUCGAAAUUCCGCAAGGAAUCCGAACAUAAAAGAUCCGAGUUCGAGGAACUCAAAGGCACAAAGAGCAAAUCCAGAAAGAGGGAAUCGUAGAAAUGAUGACUAUGAUUGGAACCAAGGGUACGAUGAUGGAUAUUCCGGAGGGGGCUUCUAUGAUCGAGGAACUGCAGGGUUCCAUGGGAGCUCCUGGAACUCAAGGAACCGAGGUCCUCCGAGUUCCAGUAGCAAAGGUUAUGACCAGUAUAACAGUUAUUCUAGAAGCGGAAUGGAAUAUAGUGGAGAGCGUUAUGGGAACGAAAGAUCGGCGGUUGCGAUUCGACAACAAUCGGCUAGGAUUUCGGGUGGUGGUAAUUUGGAUCGAAGAAACCCAAAGCAAGGAUUCUCUACUGGAAAUGAAGGAACCAAAGCGACUAAAAGCGACGAGCCCUCAAAACCACCGCGAUUCAGCGAUAGAAGACGUGCAACCGCGGCGUCAAAUAACAUUUCAGACCAAAGUGAAAGGCCGUAGCAAUUGCGAAAAGUCGCAGUUGUUUUGGAGUCAAGUCAUCGAGAAAAAGAUGUCUUUGAUUAAACUGAUGGCACUUAAGAAGUGUUCACGCCAAGUGAAGCUGAUUGGAUGAAAAGUUUUGAGAACGCUCGCUUGGAUGACACAAACUACAUGGACAUCGAAAAACAAAGCAGAAGAUGUUAAUAAUCGCAAAUUGAAGAGAACAAUAAAGACAUCGGAACAUUCUGCGAUAGCAUCGAAUCAUUUGAAAAACAUUUUCGUUAUGGCUAGUAAAACAUCAAGUUGGCUUUGAAACAAUUAACAAUCGAUCAGCGACUAAAGAAUCCGCAAAACCUAUGCGAUGAUUUGACAACGAAAACUAAAAAAACUCUUCAAAUCGAUUUUGUUUAGCAUAAAACUCAUUCUUAUAACCAUGAGUAAGAUACAUCUUAAUUUGCCGUUUAAUUUUUAUUUUGUUAAAGUGAUUUAUAGUCUCAUCA